AUGUCUAUGGAGUACUCCAAGACUCAAUUGUAUAACGAAGUGAAGCCAUAUUUCUUAGUAAUUAUAAUGCAAUUUGGCUAUGCCGGGAUGUCCAUAAUCGGUAAGUAUGCUCUAAACAAGGGGAUGAGUGAACAUGUGUUCAUAGCCUACCAGCAUGCCAUUGCCGCUGUUGUCAUUGCUCCUUUUGCUAUUGUCUUGGAUAGGAAGAGAACGCCAAAGUUGACAUUCUGUGUCUUUGCUAAGGUUGCGUUGAUUGCCUUAUUGGGGCCUGUAAUAAACCAGAACUUGUUCUACACCGGGAUGAAGUAUACUACAGCAAGUUUUGCAAGAGCCAUGUGCAAUGUUAUUCCUGCCUUUUCAUUUGCAAUGGCUUGGAUUUUAGGUCUUGAGAAAGUAUAUCUUAGGAGACUGCGUGGCGAGGCCAAGGUAUUUGGGACUAUGGUCACAGUUGUGGGAGCUUUGCUUAUGACUCUGGUUAAAGGACCUAUGUUUAAUUUGCCAUGGGCAAAUGGAAAUGCCCAUCAAGAAUCUACUAAUGCAGCAAACAAGCAAGAUAUCACGAAGGGUGCUCUGAUGAUUCUAGCAAGUUCUCUAUCCGGGUCUGGUUUCUUUAUUCUUCAAGCAAUUACACUGAAAACAUACCCCGCGGAGCUUUCUCUAACAGUUUUGAUUUGCUUGAUGGGCUCACUAGAAAGUACCAUACUAGCCCUUGCAAUCGAAUGGGGCAACCCCACAGCCUGGUCAAUACACUUCGAUAUUACGCUCUUAGCAACUAUAUACAGUGGCCUAAUAUGUUCAGGAUUUGCUUUCUACAUUCAAGGAGGGGUAAUGAAGGAAAGGGGACCUGUUUUUGUGACUGCUUUUAGUCCCCUAAGUGUGGUUCUAGUUAUGAUUAUAGGCUCCUUCAUUCUAUCUGAGACAUUGAACAUGGGAAGGGUUAUUGGAGCAGUUGUCAUUGUUGUUGGCUUAUACCUAGUUUUAUGGGGCAAGAGUAAAGAUCAACUGGAAUCGACAUCAGACAGUGAUAAGGUAGUACUAACGGCCCAAAAUAUGGACACUAUGAAUGAGAGGAAAACAACUUAA